GGCAACGCGCUAAACGUGGCGGCGCCGUGAAAGCCAGUCCAAAACGUUGUCAUUAGUCGUCAUCGCUGCCUGCUACCUGAAACCAAACACGUUGUCGGGCUCUCAGCACGCCGGUCUCUUUAUUUGAACAUGCCGCCGAAGAAAAAGGAAGACGAGACAGAGCGGCCGGUGCUGAUCGGUCGCGUAGGCACGAACCUUAAAGUGGGCAUUGUCGGCCUUCCCAACGUGGGCAAGUCGACCUUCUUCAACGUGUUGACAGCCAACCAGGUGCCCGCCGAAAACUUUCCCUUCUGCACCAUCGACCCGAACGAGAGCAGGGUGGCUGUCCCCGAUGCUCGUUUCGAUUACCUCUGCGAGUACUUCAAGCCGGUAAGCAAGGUGCCGGCGUUCCUCAACGUGGUUGACAUCGCAGGCCUUGUGAAAGGUGCCAGCGAUGGUCAAGGUCUCGGAAACGCGUUUCUGUCCCAUAUUCGAGCCUGUGACGCGCUCUUCCAUUUGUGUCGCACUUUCGAAGACGAAGACGUGACGCACGUUGAAGGCGACGUCAACCCCGUCCGCGACAUUGACAUUAUUAAUGAGGAACUCCGAAAGAAGGAUGAGGAAUACUUGCUGGCCAUCAUUGACAAGAUGGAACGCACUGUGCUACGAGGUGGCGACAAGAAAAUGAAGCCCGAGUAUGACAUCCUGGUCAAAAUCCGGGGGAUCUUGUGCGAUGAAAAGAAGCACCUUCGGUUUUGUGACUGGAAUGCGAACGAGAUUGAAGUGCUCAACAAGCACCUCUUCAUCACUGCCAAGCCCAUGAUCUACCUGGUAAAUUUAGCCGAAAAGGACUUCAUACGCAAAAAGAACAAGUGGCUGCCUAAGAUCAAGGAAUGGGUUGACAAGAAUGAUCCAGGUGCUGCUGUGAUUCCCUUCAGCGGGGCUUUCGAGCACAAGCUGAUCGAAAUGGACGCCGAGCAAAAGAAAGCCUACGAGGAGGAGCACAAGGUUACUUCAGUUCUGGACAAGAUAAUUGUGACUGGAUACAAGGCCUUGCAGUUGAUGUACUUCUUCACGGCUGGAAAAGAUGAAGUCAAGGCGUGGACAAUCCAGAAGCACACUAAAGCACCGCAGGCUGCCGGUAAAAUUCACACAGACUUCGAGAAAGGUUUCAUCAUGGCUGAGGUGAUGAAGUUUGACGACUUCAAGGAGGAAGGCUCAGAGGCAGCUGUUAAAGCCUCUGGCAAGUAUCGACAACAAGGCCGCAAUUAUGUUGUGGAAGAUGGUGACAUCAUCUUUUUUAAGUUUAAUGCAGGUGCAGGAUUACAAGCCAAGAAAAAGUAAUGCUGACUGCUCACUGUCAAAGAUUAAUAUGACACUUUGUUCACAGGUCCAUUCAUAUUUCUGCCAAGCAUGUAUGCCUUACAGAGUUUCACAAAUUGCAUGUGUUUGCCAGUUUUGAAUGAGGUGUGAAGUAAACUGAAAAACCUUGUAAAGGCA